AUGCCAGCACAGAUCGACCGUAAUGUAGCCUUGUAUUGGAAGAUGAUUUCCAUCGUUGGCAAAUUCAUGGCUGUCUUUUAUGGAGGCUGCAUGAUGGGAAAAUUAGUCUUUGCAUACUGUGAAAUUUAUGAUGUCCUUAAAAUGUUGGCGACCUAUUUGUUUAUACAAAUUGGAAGAUUUGCUGUGUACAUCUUCUUUAGUCCGUUGCUGUUAUAUUUUGGAUACAAUUUGAAUUUGAGGAAGAUAAUAAUCACCGUUUCGUCGUAUUAUUUGAAUCCGAUCAAUCUUAUUUUAAUUUUGGAAAUGUUUGGACAUGAUGGUAAAGCCAGAUAUAUUUUGGCAAUUUAUACUGGUGUGUACUGGUUAGGUGUAUUCCUAGGCAAGAUAACUUUCCUUGCUGUGCUCAAAUUCACCAAGUUCGACGAGUACUCAUCUUACAUGAGAAUAAAUAUGAAUACAUCACUAACCCAUAUAAAAUAUUUACGAGAGAAAUACACCACAAUACUUAAACAAGACAGCACAUUAGUAGACGCUGACUGGAAUAAAGUGAUGGAGUAUACGGACCUGAAACACCCAUAUAAAAUGAUUAUUGAUGAUUCUGCUGAGCACACUUUCGUCUGUCCCCAUUGCUAUACACAAGUCGAAUUGGGUGAAACUGUAAUUGAAUCACAUGAUUUAAUAAGAACGGCAAGACGAAGGAUGAUGGACUGCAGGAAAACAUACUACAUAAAAUUGUAUCAAUUGGGACUUUUAGAAAAAGAUGCUGAAACUGUCCUUUUAGAUAUCUUCGAUAACACCAUAGAUCGAAAUGAUAAAAUUCUGGAUAUUGAGACGUUAACAAAUCUUUUUAAUUUGGAAAAACUCAGAAGAGGUUUGAGGAAAAUUAUAAUUACCGUAUUGUUUUAUGACAUCUUGGAAAAUUGUAAACCACCUAGUAAUUUUAUUUAUCGACUAUGUUUUUACUUGGUGAACUAUAAGAUAACUGAUGUAAUCGCAAUCCUUUAUACUGUGUAUGUAGUUUACUCCAUUUGGACAUUAACUGCAACAAUCGCCAUGCAGCAUAGAACACUACUUAUUUAUCCAAUAGAAUUAAUAAUGAUUUUACUUAGCAAAUCUAAUCCAGUAGUUUUUUUCACUGGUUUUAGAAACUGUUUAAAGUGCAACGAAGUUUUAGGAAACUUCUUCAUUACCAUCAUAUUGUUGAUUAUUAUAGAAAUAAGAAUACAUGCGCAGAGCUUGUUAAAACGAUUUCUUGUAGCAUUAGAAAAUUUGAUUUACAUUUAUAAAUUACUGAACGCCUUUCGUAGGAUAUUACUUGUAAAUUUUAGAUCGUAUUUUAUGAAGAAACUGUUGCACCAUCAUUCGUACAUUUUAAUACGAAAAGCUCACUUAGCUUUUGAUACGGGGAAGUCGUUUGUACUAACUGAAGAGCAAAUACUUAACAUGUUAGACUUUAUGUUGGACAACAACGAAGUUAAAACCUUAAUGAGAGUGGAGGUCCAACAGAAUAUAUUUUCAGUUGUUAAAGGCUUAACCUACAUAAAUAAGCUAAGAGAUCACGUUUCCACAAGUUGCCAGACGAAAUAUGUGAUGAAGGUGCUGUUAAACGAAAUGGAGCAACAAGUCAACGAAUUGAAUAACGCUGGGUGGAUUGAUUUGGUUGAAACCAAACAACUAAGGGACAUCAUCACCCUCAAGGAAGCUGCCUUAAAAUCAAUGAAAUAUAUCGAGAGGCCGAUGCCCAACGACAUCUUCAGAGAAAUAGUUUGGCUUAGGGACGAGACGAAUGUGGUGACAUUUCUGUCAUCAAACAUACAAAGUCUUAUAUUCAAUCCUGGCUCAGUUGUUGUUAACGCAAACACAUUCGUCGACGGAGUGUUUAUCGUUUCAACAGGAUUGCUUAAGCUGACCUACGAACCCAUCAAUGAUAUCUUGUACCGCUUGGAGACGUUUGGUGAGCUUCCAAACGUAGACUACAUGAACAUUCGCAUGUUAUACGAAAAGUUCGUCACCCCCAUUUGCGUUGCUUGUGUCGUUGGCACCAAGUCCAUACCGUUUAAAACAGUUUAUAACGCCAAAGUAGUGGCUGAGACCAACACUCAUGUAUUGUUUAUUCACCGUGACAUCUUACACGAAGCUGCCAAGUUUAGUACUGACCCCUUGUACGGACUAAUGGCUAAAUUGAGGAAAAGCUACGCCAUUAACAUAGCAAAAGUUUUACUAAGUUCAGUGCCUUCCUACCAAUCAGUCAGUGAAUCAAACAUCGACCUAAUGCUUGAAUAUUCUUUUGUUCCCUGCAUAGGGGGGUUCAAAACGUUUGUCAUUGAUCCCAGGAUAGAGGAACUAUUCCUUUUGGAGGGACAAUGUAUGGAUAUGACUACGAAGGAGUUCUUCGUAGGACCCGUUUACAUCCCCAAGUCCAUUAAAACAAUUUCCUUCCCGAAAGAGACGGAGGAGGACUUUUUUGAGAAGAGCAUGCUCAUAGAACCGAUACUACUCGUGGUGGUUAAAAAGUGGGCCGACGAGUACGACGUGUUUUCGGAUAUUUUCGAGCAUUCGAUACGACCGUCAACUUUGCUAAACGAAUACAAACGUAUUAAGGAAUCUAAUACGCAGAAACAUAACAGGAGGCUUUUAAAGACUGUCGAGACGCAUAUGCGGGCUACAAUAACUGCACGCCAAUCUACUGGGAAUCCACUACAUAAGGGAGGAUACGGAAUGGAUGAUAUAUCUGAAAGGGGCUCAAGACCGCAAUCUCACAAAUUUUCAACCAUAUCAACAAGUACUUCGUCAGGAGGGACUAACACAAGUCUUAGUAUAAGAACAUCUCGUUUGACGUAACAAGUAAUAACAUGUUUGUCUUAUCUUACUUUUUAAAAUUGUAUUUCGCUGCAUUGAAUAUAUUUUAAAAUUGAAAUACGUUUGUGAUAUAUUUUUUGAGGUACGUAUCAUAUAUUGCGUAGAAAUAAAUAAUAAAAAAUUAAAAUUCAGUUACAGAUUUCUAUCAACACGAGUGCAAUAAAAAAUAACUAGACGUCGCCACUCCGUCAAAUUGUGUUUAUUCCAGAACUGUCACCGCAAAGCCGGUC